AGAAAAUAUUAACGUGAUGAUGUGAUCUUGCUAACAACAGAACCGACCCGCUCCUGUCGCUUCAUCCGAUCUGGCUGCUCUUUUAAAAAACUAUUCUGUCCGGUAACCAGAUAGGGAUGUAGAAUAACAAAUGAGCUCCGAGGCCUAUCGGUUACCCGUGAAGAUGCUGGCAGGUUGCUGUUCUGUUAUUGCCUGAACAAUUCAAGAACAACUGCCAAGAUGAUACACAGCCUCUUCCUGGUUAACGCAUCGGGGGACAUCUUCCUGGAGAAGCACUGGAAGAGUGUGGUGAGCCGAUCCGUGUGCGAUUACUUUUUCGAGGCCCUGGAACGCGCCACGGAACCGGAGAAUGUUCCUCCGGUCAUCCCGACCCCGCAUCACUACCUCAUUAACGUGCUCCGCCAUCGCAUCUACUUCGUGGCCGUCAUACAGAGCGAAGUGCCUCCUCUGUUUGUCAUCGAGUUCCUCCAUCGUGUGGUGGACACAUUUCAGGACUAUUUCGGAGUUUGCACAGAGGCAGCUAUUAAAGACAAUGUUGUUGUGGUCUAUGAGCUGCUGGAGGAGAUGCUGGAUAAUGGCUUCCCUCUGGCCACCGAAUCAAACAUCCUAAAAGAGCUCAUUAAACCUCCUACCAUCCUGCGCACAGUGGUGAACACCAUCACAGGAAGUACUAAUGUUGGUGAGCAGCUUCCUACAGGUCAGCUGUCGGUGGUACCGUGGCGGCGCACAGGUGUCAAAUAUACCAACAAUGAAGCUUAUUUUGAUGUGGUGGAAGAAAUCGAUGCUAUCAUUGACAAAUCAGGUUCCACUAUCACAGCAGAGAUUCAGGGAGUGAUAGACGCCUGUGUGAAACUUACAGGAAUGCCUGAUCUCACGUUGUCAUUUAUGAACCCUCGACUCCUGGAUGAUGUCAGCUUCCACCCCUGUGUUCGGUUCAAGCGUUGGGAGGCCGAGCGAAUUCUGUCCUUCAUCCCACCAGAUGGCAACUUCCGCCUCCUGUCCUACCAUGUCAGCUCUCAGAACCUGGUGGCCAUUCCAGUGUACGUAAAGCAUAACAUCAGCUUCAGAGAGGGCAGUUCUCAGGGUCGUUUUGAGCUCACCCUCGGCCCAAAGCAGACUAUGGGUAAGGCGGUGGAAUCAGUCCUGGUGAGCAGUCAGCUGCCACGUGGCGUCCUCAAUGCCAACCUCAACCCCUCACAGGGCACUUACACUUUUGACCCUGUCACCAAGCUUUUGUCAUGGGAUGUGGGUAAGAUAAACCCCCAGAAACUGCCCAGUUUAAAAGGAUCCAUGAGUCUCCAGGCUGGAGCCUCCAAACCUGAUGAAAACCCAACCAUCAACAUCCAGUUCAAGAUUCAGCAGCUGGCCAUUUCAGGUCUGAAAGUAAAUAGGUUGGACAUGUAUGGCGAGAAGUACAAACCUUUCAAAGGCAUCAAAUACAUGACCAAGGCUGGCAAAUUUCAAGUCCGAACCUAGACGACCUCAUUCUUUUUACAUUCCAUAAUUAAUUCAGUUGGUUUUGCGAAGAAAAGUUUGAGUAAAUACAUGUGCUUCGGAGUGCAUUUCAGGAUCAAUUCAGGAAAAUGUAUGAUAAGACUGUCAGCCAUUAAUGGGAGCAUAUGACUUCCAAAGAGGCGAUGUUGUUAUUAACACUAUCAAAAAAUGUGCUUUUACAGGUCAACCCAGGUCCAAGAGACAAUAACUACAUUUCCAAGCCUCAUUUUCUUAUUUUAUUUGCCGAUUCUCUGCAUAACGAUUGCUUUCAAACUUCAAUCUCCUCUUCAUACCUUUUCUUACUUGUCAGUUUUAUAACUCUCUCCUUCACACUUUAUAUUUUUGAGUCUCAUUUCUUUGUGAGAUUGAACUGCACUGUUAUGUAUUGAUCUGUGCUCUCCUCUGAGAAGCGAGGCGAUAGGUGACGCAUUUCUGCAUUGCAGAACAAUAAUCUUACAUUACCAUUACAGACUGACUUUGGCCUCCGUCCCAAAUGAUUGUGUGCAAAGUAAACCAUUUUCCAAAUGGUUUAACACUGAACGUUUUCUUUGUUUACUGUAGUAUUUUGACAGUAUGCAUCUCUUGUUUUAAUGUUAUUGAAAUGUGUUUCUUAUACUAUUUAUUGCCUAUCUGACCAUAACCAAACUAUUUAAAGCAUAACUGACCAUAACAAUCCAUAAUAACGCCAUAAGUGAUGCUUGAUUGUUCAGUGUCUCUUGUUUUACCUUGAAUGCAACAUGCAUUUUAAAAUGACGGACUUGAAACACUGUACUUCAAAGUGCAGUUUUAGAGAUUUGAUUAUGGCUGGUUUGCUUAUGGAUGCUGAUUAAAA